AUGUUCUCUGCUAUCGCCCAUUGGACUUCUCUUUUUUCCCUCCGACACGACGCUGCUAUCCCAUGCCCAUCCCCUGAUGCUGCAUCACCAAAGAGCUCGCUAAAUGGCUCGUUACCCAAACAGUUCUACGACUCUAAAUCUACUUCUGCGUCUACUCUGCCUUCGACUUCAGACGCCGAAUCGGUGCUGCCUUGUCCCAAUGUGGAGAAGGAGGAUCUAGUCGAGGCUCUGCCGGCAGGCUUUAAUGCGGAUGGACGACGUCAGUUAUCCACAACCCGGAUACUGUUUGCGCACAUUGGGGCCGCUCUAACGUUGUUCCUCGCGACGACAGACUCGACCAUUGUUUCGACGAGUCUACCUACCAUUGCUGCCAGAUUCAAUGCUUCGCAGACAGAAUACACAUGGGUCGGCGUAUCUUAUAUGCUCACUCAAACCGUAUGCCAACCGUUUUACGGUAGACUGUCAGACCUUGUAGGGAGAAAGAACCUUCUCUUCAGUAGCAUUCUGGUCUUCGCGUUGGGAUCUUUACUUUGCGGGUCCGCACAGUCCAUAACCUGGUUGAUCGCAGCGCGUGGGUUGGCAGGAAUCGGCGGUGGUGGCAUCGUAAGCUCGGUCUGGGUCAUCACCGCGGAGAUCGUAGAAGUACGGAAAAGGGCAACUUGGUCCCAAGCGCUCAGCAUCACAUGGAGUUGCUCUGCUAUAGCAGGACCCCUACUUGGAGGCGCUUUUAGCAGCGGCAGUAACUCAACGGUCGACUGGAGAUGGGCCUUUUACCUCAACCUACCGAUAUGCUUCAUCGCAUCUAUAACUCUGGGAGUAGCUCUCAAUGGAGCCGGUCCGGAACGCCCCAAGGAUGCUUCAUGGAGGAUAUUCUUGCAGCGUUUUGACUUCAUCGGACUUUUGGCUUUUAUGUGCGCGUCAUGUUGUAUCAUUGUUGGAUUCAGCUUUGCCAGUUCUAAUGGUUGGGGGUCUCCGCUCACUCUGACCCUCAUUGUCGUUGGACUUGUGCUGCUCGUAUGCGCCGGAUACUACGAGACGCGUACAACUCGGGAUGCGCUCUUUCCACCAGCAGUGUUCAACGAUCUUACAACUACGAUUGUUCUCAUCAUCAAUUUUCUGCACAACAGUGCUUUCACUGCUGGAACGUACUACCUUGCCUUGUACUACCAGACAGUGAACGAUUCCAGUCCGUUGCAAGCUGGCGUGCUUUUGCUGCCAUACUCUCUUGGUUCCUCAUUGGCUUCGAUGCCUGUAGCCUGGUACCUCGGAUACCGACAAAAGCGGAACAAUGACACGAAAGGACAGCGGUAUGUCAUCAGUGUAGGGCUGGUGUUGUGCACCAUCGGAUUCGGCGUAUUACAACUACUUGAUGACAAUUCCUCCCUCAUUAUGGAAUCCCUUCUACCCUUGAUUGCUGGAGUGGGCGUCGGGAUGUUAUUCCAUGCACCGUACCAGCUGUUCACAGCUUCUCUGCAGCCGCACGAGCUGUCGACCGCUACAUCAGCAUUUUUCCUCGUCCGCUUCACUGGUGCCACUGUCGGAUUGGCCAUCGCGGGAGCGAUAUUUCAAAGUACCUUGGAUAACACACUCUCCGCCUCGUCCUACAGCCAAGGCUUCCAAUCCUCAGGCUUUAGCGUUGAAGAACUGAGUGAUAUUCAAUCUCCCGACGAAAUGAACGAAGUCAUCCACGCCGCGGCGUUAUCAAUCAAGAGGAUAUGGACUUUCUACACACCCGCCCUGGGCCUUGCUCUCCUGCUGUCUCUCGUUCUCGUGGUACGACACUCCCGCGUUCCGCAGGCUUCACCUGAAGACAGCGAAAAGGUCGCGUCCACAAGCACUCCUCAAUCAGGAAUAGAGGCCGCCGGGUAGUUUGCACCAGGACUCGGGAUACUUUAGGCGAAACGCCGGAAUCAAAAACAAAAGCAUCCGUUUGGAGUGCGCAAUGUCGGACGCUAGCCAUAUAACUUAUUCAUCUACCUCUCUCUCUCG